GCUCAUUCGCGCCUUCUAAAGCUUUCAGCUGAGUGCGCAGAGCCCGCUCCGGGCCGGACCGUAAGAAGACGGAGGGACGGGAGCUUCCACGCUGCGAGAAGGCUGGCGUUCACCUAGUUGCUGACGUCAGGGUGGGGCUGAGAACCGCUAGGCUUUUAAGCCGCGUCCUGGGGCUGUGCGCAGGCGCCCCAGAGAGGAAGGCCUGGCACGCUUCAGCCAAUGAGAGCGCGACCUGCGGCCCGACCCAGAGCCCGGACUCCUCUCGAGCAAGCCUCUGCGGCAGGCGCCGACGGACGGGUGGAGCAGUACGCGCCCAGCUGAGAUUUCUCGGGUGGGGACUCAGCACCGCGGGUAGGAGCCUGUCAGAGCCUGUCGUCAGGUGGGGCGAGAGCGGGCGGGAGCUCCGGCCCGGCGGCGCGCGCUCGUUGGCCGGGCUGGCGCCCCGGUGCGCAUGCGCUCCUGCCUGGCCCAGCGCACCCUUGCAGAGCCCUGCGAGAGGAUCGACCGUCCUUCCUCCUGGUACCUGGUGGGAGGUGGAGCAGUGAUUAAUGGAUGCCUGGAAGUUGACCUACAUAUAUAUUCAGAAAUGUUUUGCCACCUGAGACCUGUGACGAGGUUAUGUCCAGGAAAGAUAUUUCCAUACUGGUUUCUCUACUCAAGAGCUUUAUCGGGAGCUGAAGCAGUCAAUGCCUUGAGGCCAUUCUAUUUUGCUGUACAUCCAGAUUUCUUUGGACAGCACCCCAGGGAAAGGGAAGUCAAUGAAAAUUCUCUUAAGAGAUUAAGUGCCUACUUAGAAAACCUCCAGAAACCAGGCUUCAAGUCUUUGAAACCAACCCAGCUUAUGUUUUAUGUAAGAGAAACAGACCAGAACUCCUCUGAUGGCCAGGAACACUUCAGCACUUCCGGAUUUCGAGCAGUCAAAUUUACUUUGCACACCAGAGAUCUGCUAAGCACAGUGUUAUAUAUUCUCAACUCCUGCAGUUUAUCUAUUGAACAUAUCCAAAGCUUGAAUACUAAUGUGCACUCCCAGCCUCUCAAAGAGGCCACAAGGAUAUCUGACAGGCCCAUCAAAUGGGACAAGUCUUACUACUCCUUUACUGGAUUCAAGGACCCUGAUGAAGACCUCGAGCAAGUCUGGAGAAUGGAAACAACCCUAACAUCCUGGUUAGAUAAUAAUGGGAAAAGUGCUGUUAAAAAGCUGAAGAAUAGUUUGCCACUUAGAAAAGAACUAGAUCGUUUAAAAGAUGAACUGUCCCAUCAAUUGCAGCUCUCGGAUAUCAGGUGGCAGAGGAGCUGGGGCAUCGCCCACCGCUGCAGUCAGCUGCACAGUUUAGGCCGCUUAGCCCAGCAGAACUUGGAAAGCCUUAAAAAUGCAAAAGGAUGUACAAUAAUAUUUACAGACCGGUCCGGGAUGAGUGCAGUGGGCCAUGUGAUGCUGGGAACAAUGGAUGUCCAUCAUCACUGGACAAAACUUUUUGAAAGAUUACCGAGUUAUUUUGACCUGCAGAGGAGGCUGAUGCUUCUGGAGGACCAAAUAAGCUAUCUUCUAGGUGGCAUCCAAGUUGUUUAUAUCGAAGAAUUACAACCAGUGUUGACACUUGAAGAAUAUUACUCUCUUCUCGACGUGUUCUAUAAUAGACUCUUGAAAAGUCGAAUACCUUUUCACCCUCGAAGUUUGCGUGGUUUGCAAAUGAUCCUUAACAGUGACAGAUAUGCUCCAAGUUUGCACGAACUUGGGCAUUUUAACAUUCCUAUCCUCUGCGAUCCAGCAAACCUCCAGUGGUUUAUUCUCACCAAAGCCCAACAGGCAAGAGAGAACAUGAAAAGAAAAGAAGAGUUGAAAGUCAUUGAAAACGAAUUGAUGCAGGCUUCCAUGAAGAAAUUUUCUCUGGAAAAGUUUUAUAAGGAGCCCAGCGUUUCAAGUAUACAAAUGGUGGAUUGUUGUAAGAGACUUCUAGAACAAUCACUGCCUUAUCUACAAGGGAUGCACCUGUGCAUUUCACAUUUUUACUCUGUUAUGCAGGAUGGAGACCUUUGUAUUCCUUGGAAUUGGAAGAAUGGAGAAGCCAUUAAAUAACACAGAAAUCUGUAUUAUUUUUUAAAGAGAUAAGAAACUGCUAAACUUAUUUAAAUCCACAAUUUGAUGUAACAGUAUUACUGACAUGUUACAAAAACAAAGUUUCUAACUGCUGCUUUAAAAGUAGACUUUUUAAAAAUUAAUUUCUAUUAGGAAACUUGUUUUAAAAAGGUUUUAUCUCCCAAUCUUGUAGUGUUUCUUAUCUGAUUGGCAGGACUGGCUGAAAAGAUGUUAGAAAGAAAGGAUUCUACAGGGUGAAAGAUUAUAUAUAUAUGUGUAUGUAUAUAUAUAUAUAUAUAUAUAUAUAUAUACAUACACAUAUAUAUAUAUAUUUUUUUUAUGAGUGAAUGUUGGUAAGUAUAAACAGGUCUCAUUCAAUAUAGCUCUGGAGUUGCGGAACUCAUUUCCACCUGUAACAAUUCAACAUGUGACUUUAUAGUUACAUCACAUGUAUCGAUACACACACCUGUAUUUCACAGCCAAUUAUGGACAGUUUGAGUCCAAAACAGAUGACUGAUGGGUAGUAAAAAUUCGUUAAUCAAAUUUUGCCUAGGGGCUUCCCUGGUGGUGCAGUGGUUGAGUCCGCCUGCCGAUGCAGGGGACACGGGUUUGUGCCCCGGUCCAGGAGGAUCCCACAUGCCGCGGAGCG